UGUGACAUGACUUGCAGGAAACUUACAUUUAUACAGCAACAUUUGCACAUUAAACAGGAACUUGAAGUUUCUUAAGAAACACAACCACAGGAUGAAAUCACUGUGAUCUUGUAGUACUCUAAGAGAUGAGACUUUAUGGAGUGAGAAUUAAUAAAAACCAGUCAUGAUAAUCUGUUUAUACAUUUCUCUCUUUAUCAUUCACUUCACUACAGGCUGUAAUCUUUCGAAUGAGCAGAAGAGAAUAGAAGUAACACAAUACACAGGUGGUUCAGUCCUGUUGGCCUGCUCCUGUGAUGACCCAAAGUCUACAGUUAACACAUUUACAUGGGACAUUUACAAUGGAAAACAAUGGAUGAAUGUAUUUGAACAUGAUACAUUCAAAGGCAGACUAAAGCUGUUUAUUGAAAAAUCUCCAGGAAAUCUGUCCCUUCUUAUUCCUGACCUCAGAGAGGAAGAUAAAGGGUUAUUUAGAUGUAUGACAGAACCAAACAGUUUUACAGAUGUUUCCUUAACAGUUCAAGGAUGUCAUUUGGUUCAGACACAGAUAGAUGAGGUGACUGGAUAUUUAGGAGAGUCUGUAGUUCUGCCCUGCUCCUGUACUGAACCACUGGCUAAACCUGACAAGAUUAAAUGGAAGUUUUAUAUAAAAAAGGAGAAUUAUGAAGAAAUUUAUCCAUCUGAACACAGUGAGAGGUACAAGAACAGAUGUAAACUUUUAAAUCAAACCAAUCCAGGAAAUCUCUCUCUACAGCUCUCAUCACUGACCAAAGAAGAUGUUGGAUACUAUCAAUGUUUUCUGUCAUCUGUGAAGUUUGCCCAGGUCAAACUGUAUGUUGAAGAGAAACCACAGGUCCAUAUAAUGUAUUCAUCAACAUAUCAACCUUUACAACAAACACAUGAGCUUACUCAACAACCAGAAAACAAAAUAACACAUCAAACACAUAACACAACUCUGUAUGUCUUUAUUUUAAUAGCAGCAUUUGCCUCAAUACUGAUAUUUCUGGUAUUUAACUCCUGUAGAGGCGAAGGAGAUAAACAUACGAAGGUAGAGAGUGAUGCUCCAGAACCAGCAAGAGAACCGGAAAAUGAGGAUGAAGCUGUAUUUUCUGGUGUAUUCUAUGUUAACCAGCAUUUGAAUAUUUAAAUAGCACAUGGAUUGUGAAUUUACCCAAUUUAUAAGGAA